AUGCACCAACGCAGUCACAAUGGGGAGAAACCGUUCACUUGCUCUGAUUGUGGGAUGGGAUUCACUCUGUCAAAAAACCUGCUGAAACACCAGCGAGUUCACACUGGGGAGAGACCGUUUGCUUGCCCUGUGUGUGGGAAAGGAUUCGCGCAGACAUCUCAACUGCUGAAACACCAGCGAGUUCACACAGGAGAAAGACCAUUCACUUGCUCUGUAUGUGGGAAAGAAUUUGCUUUGUCAUCCAGCCUGGUGACACAUCAGCGAAUUCACAAUGAGGUCAGACUGUUCACCUGCUCUAUGUGUGGGAAAGGAUUCGUUUUGACAACCAACCUGCUGAAACACCAGCGAGUUCACACCAGAGAGAAAUCAUUCAUCUGUUCCGUGUGUGGGAAAGGAUUCACUCAGUCAUCCUCUCUGCUGGAACACCAGCAAGUUCACACUGGGAAAAGACCGUUCAUCUGUUCUGAAUGUGGGAAAGGAUUCACUCGCACAUCCAAACUAUUGGUACAUCAACGAGUUCACACUGGAAGAAACCUUUCACCUGUUCCGAGUGUGGGAAGGGAUUUGCGAACUCAACCAACCUGCUGA